AUGCACUGCUGCGGAAGAAUAGUACCAGACUCUCAACUUUAUGAUAAAGAACUCAACCAGAACUUGAAUUCUACUUCAUUAUUCUUAGAGACUUCGCGUCUUGGUGGUAUUGGACAAAGAAUUCCCUUGGACUUAACUAAUGUUUCUGACUACUCGCUCUUUCCUGGUCAAAUAGCAGUUUUAAAGGGUCGCAACCCCACUGGAAGUUCGUUUGUGGUCCAGGAAAUAUGCUCCCUCCCAUCUCUCGGCUCGCAUGUGUCUUCGAAACAAGAAUUGGAACAGUACCAAGAGCAAGUGGGAGAAGGUGGGUUGAAAAUCUUGAUCGCAUCGGGACCAUACUCGAAUGCCCACACCCUUGACUUUACCAAGAUGAAUAAGUUGGUUGAGCGCAUAAACACUGUCAGUAAGCCACACGUUGUUCUUUUGUUUGGCCCUUUCAUUGACAUAAAUCAUAAUGCUGUGGCUCAGGGAGACAUCGAACUCAAGAACGAGAAGCACCAGCCUCAAGAUUACAACGACUUAUUUCAGAAGACAAUAUCUCAGUGCUUGAAAAAGGUGGGAUCCAAAAAUACAAGUGAUAUUGAUACCAUCUUUGCAAGAUGCUUGCAUAAAGCACUGCUCAUACCCUCAAGAUUCCUUUGA